AUGGUGGGUCUUCCUGGAGCAGGCAAAACAUAUUUUGCUGAACGUUACAUAGCUGAGCACCGCGAGAAGCAAUAUAACGUGUUGGGAACCAACCUUAUCCUGGACAAGAUGAAGGUCAUGGCGUUGCUCGUCAACGCAACCAAGUGUCUAAAUACACUUAUUGGUGUGGCGUGUAUGCGCCGUCGGAAUUAUAUUUUGGAUCAGACGAAUGUGUAUCCGUCAGCACAGCGCCGUAAAAUGCGUCCAUUUGAAGGUUUCAAGCGAAAGGCCAUUGUUAUCGUACCUACUGAUGAAGAAUUCAGGCGGCGAAUUGCCCAACGGGAAAAAGAGGAGGGCAAAGAAGUGCCUGAAACUGCAGUUCUCGAAAUGAAAGCAAACUUUGGCAUCCCUAGACCCGUGUCUGAAGAUCCCUCUAGCGUUUUUGACGAGGUUAUUUUCAUCGAGCUUGGUCUAGAUGAUGCUAAGACCUUGGUAACGCAAUAUAAUCAGGAGGGGCAAGCGAACAGACAACCUCCAGAAAAACGUCAACGUUGGGAUGGUGGCAAUCGUGACCGAGAUGACUCACGAAAUUCGCGCUUCCGCGGACGAGAUAGUCGAGAUAGAGGUCGAGAUAUGGGACGUGGGCGACGUGAUGACUUUCGAAGCUCUCCAGGUCGCCGAAAUGAUGACCGUGGCCGUCGUGACUACAGGGGCGGUUACAAUGCUUCACGUGAUCGCAGUCGUGAAGGUGAUCGCUUUGAUCGCAAUAAUGAUCGUGAAUCUUUUGGACGUCAAUCUGGUGGCAGAUUGGCGAACCGCGGAUCUUUCCCUGGUGGGAUGUCUGGUCCAGGCGGCUUCGGAGGUUACGAUGGCUCACGUGGUAAUAUGAUGAGAGGUCCUGGGAGAGGUGGCUUCCCUGCACCCAAUUUCGACUCGCGUGGAGGGCGGGGUGCCUACCGUGGUGCAAUGGAGCGGGGGAACACCAGUGGUUAUGGAGGGCCUAGCGAUUCAGUGUACGGGCAAGCUAACACCGGUGAUGAAGAACCAAUGGGCAGUGCAUAUGGAAUGAACGACGGCGCAGCUCCAGCACUUCCCCAGCCAUCGUACGAGAGUGGCCCAAUGAGUGGUGGUUUCCGUGGGGGGUAUGCUGGUGCCGGUCGUGGUGCUCAGAUGCAAGGGCCUAGAGGGGCGCCCAGCCGGGGUGCAGCGCCCAUGGGACGUGGAACGGGUGCUUUGGGGCGUGCAGCAAAUACUGAUAGGGGUGUUGAACGAAGUCAGCCAGGGCGCAACGCACCAGUCACUGGUCGCGGUGGGCCGCAGUCUGACCGUGAGAUGGGUGGUGGUGGGUUUCCCGAUGAUAAUCAACAAUAUAUUUAUUCUGGCGCGGAGGGCUAUCAGAAUGCCCCUGAUGAACUAUAUUCUGGUCCUGCCAAUGAAGAUUACCGAAGUCGACGUUUUGGUGGAGCCGGUCCGUACGGCGCGGGGUCUAUGCAGAAGCCGCCUACUAGUAAUUAUCCACCCUAUCAAAGAAACAAUCCUCCUUUUCCACCUUCAGGUCCAACGGGGUAUCCGAAUACAGCCGGAAGUGGUAAUUAUGCAAAAAGCAACGCACCUCCAUACGGAAACCUUAAUUCUGGUCCGAAUUAUCCAAAUUCAUUUUCCGGUGAUCAAAGUAGCUUUGCGAACGCUGGUGCUGACCCUUAUGGUGGUCAGUCCGGGGCAGACAGAUCUGGAAGGCCUGGUAUGCAUCAAAAUCCAAGUGCUUCCUAUGGAGGAUCUCAUGGAUAUGGUUCGAAUGACCCUGAGAAAACUGGUAUGUCACAAAGCGAACAUCAGAAUACGGAAGUAUCUAGCUUGUAUGCAGCUGGCGCAGCGCGUUACUCUGAUAGUCGUCCUCCUGCUCCAAAUAUGCCACAGGCACCCAGGCAGUCACGUUUUGAUACGAAACCGGAAGGUAGUGCUCCUGCCCAACCAAGUGCAUAUUCUACUUAUAGUAUGGGAUCUAAUUACACCAGCGGAUACACAGGCGGUUUUGCAUCCAGUACAAACCAGAAAACGGCCCCUCUUCAAGCCUCCAAUCCUUCUGGUGGUCCCAGAGGUGGGCGCAGUCGUUUUGACGUAGGUCCACCUGCUGCCCAAUCUAUACCAUCUGUAACUGCUGUUCAAAGCACUCUCGCAGGCAACGUCUAUAACCCACCUGUUCCGUCACAGUCGACUAAUCGACCGCAACCUCAAGUUCAACAGACUCAAAAUUCAGCCCAAGCUCAACUACAGGGCUAUGGGUAUGGUUAUUCAACUCAAAGUGCUAAACCGGAUCCUGGUAAUAAUCCAAGUGCACCUCCGCCUGCCAGUCAGUCAUAUGGAGCUUACAACUAUGGUUAUGGGUAUAAUGCGUAUGGGACUCAAGCCGCACAAGCAUCUGCUGUUAGUCGACCAACUGCACCUACUACUGGUUCUACUCAAUCCCUGUAUGCCUCUGCUGUUGCAGAUAAACCUCAGCCGACUCAGCAAGCAAACACGCCAGUCGCCUCUUCUAUGGUUGUUACUACCACUACCACUUCUACUGCAUCCGACCAGUCAGCGGCUGCGGCCUACGCCUCUUACUACUACGGGGCUCCUCAAAGUGCUGGGGUUACUACUCAGGGGGCAGGGAAAUACGAUGCAGCUAUGGCUGCAGCACAGCAGUUUAAUGCUUGGCAACAGCAACAACAACCAUCAGCGGUUUCCGGCAGUGUAUCAAGCAGUGUUCCAAGUGCUCCAACAGCAACAGUGACACCACAGACACCGUCUGUCAAUCCAUAUGCAAGUUAUUAUCCUGGGUAUUCUACUUACCCGUCAAGCUAUGGCACUAUGCCUGUUGGUGGAGUCCCUCCGGGUACAAUGCCAACUGCUCCAGCACCGACGAUGGGUCAGUACUAUACCGGAUACCGCUAGAACUUGAACAAACUAAAAUUCCUCGUCUUAUACUUAGUUAUGUCUUGUUUGGUAUGUCUCACAUCUGCUUUGUGCUUUUAUUGUCC